UGCGGACCAGUCAGUGUGCCCGCGUAAUUCUGGACUCCACAUAGCUCCUCGAAGUCUGUAAAUCGGAAAGCGGCACCAUUAAUAGCCUAUUUAUACACAAUAAUACGAAGGAAAGGAGGCUACAGUUUAGUAUAUUAGACACAUCCUGUACAGGUAUAAUUCCACUUGCAACAGAGGAAGAGUGUCUUCAGUUAACCCCGCGGCGGGGGUUAACUCAUCGACUGCAGUCUCGAGAUGGAUAAAGUUAUCAAUUGCCUAUUCGCUGCAAUAAGUCUGCUGGUGUCUGUUCGAGGAGAAGUAUUUAAAGGCGAUUGUGACUUUGAGAAGCCAUUGGCAGCGUGUGGGUACAGCCAAGGCAGAGAAGAUGACCUUGACUGGGAGCAAGCCAAUACCAGGGAGAAGCCUUCAUCAGAUCCCUGGAUGCCCGCAGGCUCAGCCUUCAUGAUGGUGAACACGUCGGGGCGUUUCGCUGGACAGAAGGCCCUGCUGCUCACGCCCCAGCUGAAGGAGAACGACACCCACUGUGUCAUCUUCCACUACUUGAUCUCCGGCCGGGACGGCAGCCAUCCUGGCCAGCUCAACGUCUACAUCAGAGAGAACAACAGCCCCAUGGGGAUGCCCGUGUGGAACGUGUCGGGGCCCGCCACGCGCACCUGGGGUCAGGUGGAGCUGGCCAUCAGCACCUACUGGCCCAACUUCUACCAGAUCGUCUUUGAAGUGGUGACCUCAGGACAGCGCGGCUUGCUGGCCAUCAAAGAUGUCAUCCUCCAGGGCCACCAGUGCAUGAACACUCCACACUUCCUGACCAUAAAGGGUGUUGAGGUAAAUGCUGGACAGACGGCCACGUUCCAGUGCACUGUCAACGGACGCAAGAGAGACAACUUCAACCUCUGGCUGCAGGGCAUCGGUGGACGGGAGGCCCCAAUGAAAUCCACUAAACCUUGGAACAACAGACGCUUCAUUGGCACUUUUGAUGUGGAGAACACCACCAAGGGCGACUCAGGACGCUACCGCUGCAUCGUCCAUUCAGACAAAGGUGUUGGAGUGUCCAAUUACGGAGAGCUAACCAUAAAACAACCCCCAGUGCCCAUCGCCCCUCCCCAGCUGACGGCCGUGGGGGCCACCUACCUGUGGAUCCAGCUCAAUGCCAACUCCAUCAACGGGGACGGCCCCAUCACCAACCGUGAGGUGGAGUACCGCACUGUGUCCGGUACCAUGUACGACCUGCAGCCCGUCGACAAGACAACCCACAAGAUCGGCCACCUGGACCCCGACACAGAGUAUGAGAUCAGCGUUCUCCUGACCAGGCCCCUGGACGGAGGGACCGGCGCCCCCGGACCCCCCCUCAGGGCCAGGACCAAAUGUGCUGAGCCCAUGCACGGCCCCAGGAAGCUGGAGGUGGUGGACAUCCAGUCCAAGCAGGUGACGGUGCGCUGGGAGCCGCUGGGCUACAACGUGACGCGCUGCCACAGCUACAACCUGACGGCGCAGUACCGCUCCAGGGUGGGCGGCAAGGAGGAGACCCACGAGGAGACGUGCUACGCCACCCAGGGCCGGGAUCCCCAGCACACCAUCCUCAACCUGACCCCCUACACCAACCUCAGCGUCAAACUGGUGCUGCGCAACCAGGAGGGGGUCAAGGAGAGCCAGGAGAUCGAGGUGCAAACCGACGAGGACGUGCCUGGGGCAGUUCCUCUGGAGUCGAUCCAGGGCAGCGCCUAUGAGGAGAAGAUCAUCCUGAAGUGGAGAGAACCAGCUCAGACGUACGGUGUCAUCACUCAGUACGAGAUCUCCUACAAGGCGGUGAGCUCCUUUGACCCGGAGAUGGACCUGUCCAACCAGAGUGGAAAGGUGCUGAAGUUAGGCAAUGAAACGACCCACAUGUUCACGGGCCUCUACCCCGGCUCCACAUACUCCUUCACCCUGCGAGCCAGCACAGCCAAGGGCUACGGCCUGCCCAUCAUCACCCAGUUCACCACCAAGAUCUCAGCUCCCUCCAUGCCAGCCUACGACCUGGAGACCUCCCUCAACCAGACUGACAGUACAGUGACUGUCCUGCUCAAGCCUGCCCAGAGCAGAGGAGCGCCAGUCAGUGCCUACCAGGUGGUGGUGGAGGAGGAGCGGCCCAGACGAGCCCGAGGCACAGCUGAGAUCCUGCGCUGCUACCCGGUGCCCAUUCACUUUCAGAACGCCACGCUGCUCAACUCCCAGUACUACUUCACUGCCCAGUUCCCCGCCAGCGGCAUCCACGGGCCUCAGCCCUUCACUGUGGGAGACAACAAGACCUACAGUGGCUACUGGAACGCCCCUCUGCUACCCCAGAAGAGCUACAGCAUCUACUACCAGGCUGUCAGCACAGCCAAUGGGGAGACCAAAAUCGACUGUGUCCGAGUCGCCACCAAAGCCGCCAUACUUGUGACUCAGCUCACCACCCCCUACGUCCGUAUCGCACCUGCGGCUGGUGACAACCAACUAACAGGGGCAGCCACCCACAAGCCUGAUGCGGUGGAACCGGAGAAACAGACCGACCACACGGUCAAGAUUGCCGGGGUCAUCGCCGGCAUCCUCCUCUUUGUCAUCAUCUUCUUAGGAGUGGUGCUCCUCAUGAAGAAAAGAAGAACCUAUCACUCCUACACUUACUACCUGAAGCUGGCCAAGAAGCGCAAGGAGACCCUGAGCAGCACGCGCCAGGAGAUGACGGUGAUGGUCAACUCCAUGGACAAGAGCUACACAGAGCAGGGCACCAACUGCGACGAGGCCCUGUCCUUCAUGGACACUCACAGCCACACCCUCAACACCAGGAGCGAGUGCGCCCUCACCCUAAACGGCCGGAGCGAGUGCGCCCUCACCCUCAACGGCAGAACUGCCUCCUCGCCCUCAUCCUUUACCCUGACUAAAAGCAACACUCUGAGUACAUCCAUCCCCAACUCCUACUACCCAGAUCCCUUUGUGCCCACUGCUAUCUUAGAUGAGAGCCAGACGAUGGGCAGUGACACCAGCAGCCUGGUGCAGUCUCACACCCACUCCCUGAGGAAGAGGGAGGGGGUGGACGUGCCCUACCAGACGGGCCAGCUCCACCCCGCCAUCCGCGUGGCCGACCUCCUCCAGCACAUCACCCAGAUGAAGUGCGCCGAGGGCUACGGCUUCAAGGAGGAGUACGAGAGUUUUUUUGAAGGGCAGUCUGCACCCUGGGACUCUGCCAAGAAGGAUGAAAACCGUAUGAAGAACCGAUAUGGGAAUAUCAUCGCAUAUGAUCACUCCCGUGUCAGGCUGCAGGCCCUGGAGGGGGAACAGAGCUCCGAUUACAUUAAUGCAAAUUACGUUGAUGGCUAUCACAGACCAAACCACUACAUUGCCACCCAAGGUCCCAUGCAGGAGACGGUCUUUGACUUCUGGAGGAUGGUGUGGCAGGAAAACACAGCUGCCAUCGUCAUGGUCACCAACCUGGUGGAAGUGGGAAGGGUGAAGUGCUGUAAGUACUGGCCAGAUGACACAGACAUUUACAGAGAUAUCAAAGUCACACUGAUAGAAACACAGCUACUCUCUGAGUACGUUAUCAGGACUUUCGCCGUGGAGAAGAGGGGGGCCCAUGAGAUCCGGGAAAUCCGCCAGUUCCACUUCACAGGCUGGCCAGACCACGGGGUGCCCUACCACGCCACAGGCCUGCUGGGCUUCAUCAGGAGGGUCAAGGCCAAGACCCUCACCAACGCUGGGCCUAUGGUGGUCCACUGCAGUGCCGGUGCGGGCCGAACUGGCUGCUUCAUUGUGAUUGACAUCAUGCUGGACAUGGCGGAGAGAGAGGGCGUGGUGGACAUCUAUAAUUGUGUGCGGGAGCUGCGCUCACGCAGAGUCAACAUGGUGCAGACCGAGGAGCAGUACGUCUUCAUCCAUGACGCCAUCCUGGAGGCGUGUCUCUGUGGGGACACCACUAUUCCAGCCAAUCAGCUUCGAUCGGUCUACUACGACAUGAACCGCCUGGAUCCCCAGACCAACUCCAGCCAGAUCAAAGAGGAAUUCAGGACCCUGAACAUGGUGACUCCCACACUGAGGGUGGAGGACUGCAGCAUCGCCCUGCUGCCGCGCAACCACGAGAAGAACCGCUGCAUGGACAUCCUCCCCCCAGACCGCUGCCUGCCCUUCCUCAUCACCAUCGACGGAGAGAGCUCCAACUACAUCAACGCUGCCCUCAUGGACAGUUACAAGCAACCUUCGGCGUUCAUUGUUACCCAGCAUCCUUUGCCAAACACAGUAAAAGACUUCUGGAGAUUGGUUUUGGACUACCACUGCACCUCCAUAGUGAUGCUCAACGAUGUGGACCCUGCCCAGCUGUGCCCUCAGUACUGGCCAGAAAACGGUGUCCACCGCCAUGGGCCAAUCCAGGUGGAGUUUGUGUCAGCUGACCUGGAGGAGGACAUCAUCAGUAGAAUUUUCCGGAUCUACAAUGCCGCACGGCCCCAGGACGGCUACAGGAUGGUGCAGCAGUUUCAGUUCCUGGGCUGGCCCAUGUACCGAGACACGCCCAUGUCCAAGCGCUCCUUCCUCAAGCUCAUCCGACAGGUGGACAAGUGGCAGGAGGAGUAUGACGGAGGAGAGGGCCGGACGGUGGUCCACUGCCUGAACGGAGGAGGGCGCAGUGGGACGUUCUGUGCCAUCAGCAUCGUGUGUGAGAUGCUGCAGCACCAGCGCUCUGUGGACGUGUUCCACGCCGUCAAGACACUGAGGAACAACAAACCCAACAUGGUGGACCUACUGGAUCAGUACAAGUUCUGUUACGAAGUGGCUCUAGAGUACCUGAACUUGGGCUAACGGGUGUCAAAGUUGUCCACCCAGAAAUAGAUCACAGACUGAAGGUUUGGGACAAUACAGUCAACUGCAGUUCGGGUGUGUGUACAGUGAUCAGACACUCUCUUCACACAAUCUGUUUGAGCAUCUCUUCUGCUUUCUGUCAUGGAAAGGAAAAAGUACUGGCGUGUACAGUAUUGAUAAUGCAGCCAGCCAGUGUCUGUCUGUCUGUCCCGGCAUUGUGUCUGGAACAACACAGAAGCACAAACAUGUCCUCCUGCAGUCUUUCACUUUUUUGGAUCUCUCUCUCUGUCUCUCUCUCUGUCUUGCUAUUUCUUUCCUACUCUCUCUCUUUCUCUCUCUUUCUUUUGAUUUGUCUCUCGCUCGCCUGUGGUCCCGUGGUUGUUGCCUUGAUCCUCCUCGGAUGACAAACAUCAUACUUUCCAGCUUUUCCGUGGAAUGCGAUAUAAACUGUACGUAAUGUAACGUGUUCAUUUGAUCUCUCCAGUCAUGUUUUUUGCUCAAAGCUAAAUAAUGUCAUGAUUCAAGUCAUUAAGCAGGAAUAAAAUGCCUAAAUGUUACUAAGUGUCCUGUAAAUUAUGGCAUAUAGAUGAUUAUUAUUGCAUUAAAUGGGGUGGAGGGAAAGUGGGCACAAUAUCCAUUGGCUUACCCUAUUUCCUGUACAGGGAUCCAAAGCUUGAUUUGCACUUCCAUUUCCUUAUUGCUGUGCAUAUUGUACAUAUUUCUGUAGAUUAUUUAUUCAUGGUAUGUACUUUUUGUGACUUGCAGUAAGUGACAAUCAUGAUUUAUGGGUUUGUCGGUUUUAUUGGUUGUAUUGAGUGCUCUUUUUGAUCUGUUGGUCAAAUCAAUUCCAUUGUAAAAAAAAAAAGAA